AUGAAGAAGAGAAAAACGGAUGCAAAAGUGAUUGCAGGAGAAGAAUGUGACCCAGCACAAGCUGCUGGUCAUGGACUGGAGAAUCAGGAAGGUGAAAAGGAGAAAGGUGAGACGGUGGAGGAGCGAUGGACGUGCUUGGAGAAGGGUGUUUUAAAGGCAGCGGAGAAGAAGGAGCAAGAAGGAGAACGAUAUUUUGGUGCUGGCGUGCAGAACGAUGGGGAGUUGAAGGUGUUAUUGGAAGACAGGUUAGAAGUGUGGAGGGCGUACUGUGACCGUUUGAUGAAUGUAGAGAAUGAGUGGAAUGGAGAAGUUGAAGCGGAUGAAGUUUUUGGGCCGUGGGAAAUAGUGACUGUUGAUGAGGUGGCGGCGGCUCUGCGCAAGAUGAAGAAAGGAAAGGCGACGGGACCGAGUGAAGUGGGUAGCGAAAUGUUGGACAAUGAACUAUGCGUGAGAGAGUUGUGUAAUGUAGCGAACGAGGUUUUGAGGGGCUCAAAGAUGCCGAGUACAUGGAGAAAGAGUCUAGUGGUCCCGCUGUACAAAGGAAAAGGAGCAGCGACGGUAUGUGAAUUACAGGACUAUUAA